GUUUAAGUGAAAGUGACAGUUAAAACAGUAAAAAAUUGACAGUAUGUGUACUAUAAAAGAUAUAGUAUUUCUCUAGACAAAUAAAAAUGCAUUCUCAAAAUAACAAGAAGUAUUCUGGAAAUCCACAUGCAACACCAAAGAAAUUUACAUCGACCCAGCGCUUUUCAUUUAAACCAACUAGUACACCUGCAUUGAAAUCGAUUUCAAAAUGCGAAGCAUUAUCAAAAUUAAAAAACGAAGUUGUUAGAAAAUGCCCCAGUUUAACAAGAGCUCAAUCCAAACCGCCUUUUAAUAGUAACAUGAGGUAUGAAGUAUUUUUAGCCAGAAAAAGAAAAGAAGCGGAACAGAAAAGAAAUGGAAUAAAUCAACUUAUCAAAGCAAAACGGGACGAGAACUGGGCUGCUCUAAAAGGAAUUAUACCCAUUGCAAAAUCCCCUCCAUUUAUUAAAAAUAAACUUACUGAUUGCCUUCAGCAAAUACAAGAAAAGAGGUCAGUGUACGAUAAACGAGCUAAACCGUAUAAUAUAAUGGCUAAAAUUAUAAAUAUAAUUUCUGCACAUGACAGAAAGUUUGAAAGACUUGAAUCUAUUAGAAUGAAGGAAGCAAGAAUGCAAAGAAGACAGAGAAUGAUGAAAUACAAGAAUAACGAAAAUAAAUGUACAUACAAUGAAUACGAAAGCGAAUUAUUUGAAAUACCUGAAUCUCCAAUAACGCCAAUUUCUAAAAAUCAAGAGAAAAAUUCCUCUGUCUCCAUUAGUAAAGUCACUAAAAAUUCGUCAACCAAGAGUUUAAAAAAUGGAUUUACAAAAAAGGUUUUAACACAAAAAAUUAAUGUCAGUAGCAAUCAUCAAACUUUUUCUAAAUUUGAUUCUGAAGUAACAUUUUCUGCAGAAGAAUUAAAAGACAAUUCGUUGGGAAAGAAAGCAACAAAAUCUAAUUCUGUGUCAAAAGUUAUGAAAUGUGGGGUUCUAAAGAAAAAGUUAGCUCCAAGAAUGAUUUCAAAUAAUCAAUCUCUCUCGAAGACAAAUUCUGAAGAGCAUACUAAAGAAAAAAAAGCAACAGUACCCAGUACUCUCAAAUCUCCAGACAGUAAAGUUUUACCUAAAUUCUAUUCUGAGUUAAUUCUAUCUGAUGAAAAUUCUGAUGAUAAUGUUAAUGAUUAUAUUAGUUCCAAACAGCCUCAAUACGAGGAUUCAAAUAAUAAUUUAACAACAGAAAAAACACUAUACGAUCGAAUUUCUGAUGCACCAAUUGGAUUCGACUUUAUAAAAUCUUUACAAGACGAAAUUGAUAAAAUUAGUACAAAAAUUGAAGAAUUAGAAUCCAGUAGACCGACUAAUCACUUUCAGGGCAACGAUUUGGUUAAUAAGUGUAGUUUAAGUUCUUUAGAUGACUUGGAAUUAUUCGAACUCAUCGAGUGUAUUGAAAAUAUGUUAUAGGCAUGCGUCUGCGCUUCGACUAAUGAUUAUCUUACAUAUUUAUUGAAGUGUAUUUUAAUGAUAUAAAGUG